GAUGAAUUCCGGUGUGCUUGUUAGGGUUGCUGUGUCACUCAGUCCGACCGGCGCGCCCCUUCCCCCGCAGUCCUUCCGCACCGGCUGACGGGCUCUUCCGGUCUCCCGCGCCCCUCACCUGCAGGCGGGUCUCGGGCCGCAGCCUGGCGCACGCCGGCUCGGGCCUGUGGACUAGUCUCGCGCUGUGCCCGGGAGCCGGGCUCCGGACCCACGCUUGCCAUGGCGAGCGGCGCUGCUAGAUACCGGCUGAGCUGCUCGCUCCCGGGCCACGAACUGGACGUGAGGGGCCUGGUGUGCUGCCUCUACCCGCCGGGGGCCUUUGUGUCUGUGUCCCGGGAUCGCACCACCCGCCUCUGGGCCCCAGACAGUCCUAACAGGGGCUUUACAGAGAUGCAUUGUAUGAGCGGCCACUCUAAUUUUGUGUCUUGUGUGUGCAUCAUACCCUCAAGUGAGAUAUAUCCUCAUGGACUAAUUGCCACUGGAGGAAAUGACCACAAUAUAUGCAUUUUCUCUCUGGACAGUCCGAUGCCACUUUAUAUGUUAAAGGGUCACAAAGAUACUGUUUGUAGUCUUUCGUCUGGAAAAUUUGGGACAUUACUUAGUGGCUCAUGGGACACCACUGCUAAAGUCUGGCUGAAUGACAAAUGCAUGAUGACAUUACAGGGUCAUACAGCUGCAGUAUGGGCAGUAAAAAUUCUCCCUGAACAGGGUUUGAUGUUAACUGGAUCAGCAGACAAGACUAUUAAACUGUGGAAGGCUGGAAGGUGUGAGAGGACUUUUUCAGGGCACGAAGACUGUGUAAGAGGUUUGGCAAUUUUGAGUGAAACAGAAUUUCUUUCCUGUGCAAAUGAUGCUAGUAUUAGAAGGUGGCAGAUUACUGGCGAAUGUCUUGAAGUAUACUAUGGACAUACAAAUUAUAUUUAUAGCAUAUCUGUCUUUCCAAAUUGUAGAGAUUUUGUGACAACAGCAGAAGACAGAUCUCUGAGAAUAUGGAAACAUGGUGAAUGUGCCCAAACAAUCCGACUUCCAGCUCAGUCUAUAUGGUGCUGCUGUGUGCUGGAUAACGGUGACAUUGUGGUUGGUGCGAGUGAUGGUAUUAUUAGAGUGUUUACAGAGUCACAGGAUCGAACAGCAAGUGCUGAGGAAAUCAAGGCUUUUGAGAGAGAGCUCUCUCAGGCAACAAUCGAUUCCAAAACUGGUGACUUAGGAGACAUUAAUGCUGAGCAGCUUCCUGGGAGGGAACAUCUGAAUGAACCAGGUACUAGAGAAGGACAGACUCGUCUAAUCCGAGAUGGAGAGAGAGUUGAAGCCUAUCAGUGGAGUGUUAGUGACGGGAGGUGGAUAAAAAUUGGUGAUGUUGUUGGCUCAUCUGGUGCUAAUCAGCAAACAUCUGGAAAAGUUUUAUAUGAAGGGAAAGAAUUUGAUUAUGUUUUUUCAAUUGAUGUCAAUGAAGGUGGUCCGUCAUAUAAAUUACCAUAUAAUGUCAGUGAAGAUCCCUGGCUAGCUGCUUACAAUUUCUUGCAGAAGAAUGAUUUGAAUCCCAUGUUUUUGGAUCAGGUGGCUAAAUUUAUUAUUGAUAACACAAAAGGUCAAAUGUUGGGACUUGGAAAUACCAGUUUUUCAGACCCAUUUACAGGUGGUGGUCGCUAUGUUCCAGGCACUUCAGGACCUUCUAACACAGUGCAGACAGCAGAUCCUUUCACAGGUGCUGGUCGUUACAUGCCGGGUUCUGCAGGUAUGGGCACCUCCAUGGCUGGAGUCGAUCCAUUUACAGGAAGUAGUGCCUACCGAUCGGCUGCAUCUAAAACAGUGAAUAUUUAUUUCCCCAAAAAGGAAGCUCUUACCUUUGACCAAGCAAACCCUAUACAAAUAUUAGGAAAACUGAAGGAACUUAAUGGAACUGCACCUGAAGACAAGAAGCUAACUGAGGAUGACUUGGUACUUCUUGAAAAGAUACUGUCUCUAAUUUGUAAUAACUCUUCAGAAAAGCCAACAGCCCAGCAACUUCAGAUUUUGUGGAAAGCUAUCAAGUGGCCUGAAGACAUUGUCUUUCCUGCACUUGACAUUCUUCGGCUAUCAAUUAAACAUCCCAGUGUGAAUGAGAAUUUCUGCAAUGAAAAAGAAGGAGAUCAGUUCAGCAGCCAUCUUAUCAACCUUCUGAACCCUAAAGGAAAACCAGCAAACCAGCUUCUUGCUCUUAGGACUUUUUGCAAUUGCUUUGUUAGUCAGGCAGGACAAAAGCUCAUGAUGUCCCAGAGGGAGUCACUGAUGUCACAGGCGAUAGAACUGAAAUCAGGGAGCAAUAAGAACAUUCAUAUUGCUCUGGCUACAUUGACCUUGAACUAUUCUGUUUGUUUCCAUAAAGACCAUAACAUUGAAGGGAAAGCUCAAUGCUUGUCAGUAAUUAGCACAAUCUUGGAAGUUGUACAAGACCUAGAAGCCACUUUUAGACUGCUUGUGGCUCUUGGGACACUUAUCAGUGAUGAUUCAAAUGCUAUACAAUUAGCCAAGUCCUUAGGUGUUGACUCUCAAAUAAAAAAGUAUGCCUCUGUAUCAGAACCAGCUAAAGUAAGUGAAUGCUGUAGACUUAUCUUAAAUUUGCUGUAACGAUGGGAAAGGGAAACCGGGAAACCAAGAUUUUAAAUUGAUUAAUGGGGAUUUUUUUUUUUUUUCCACAUUUUACAUGACUGAUUGCAGAUGUUUAAAAAAAGAAAAGAAAGAAAAUAACUGUGGAUUAAGUUCAGAUCUUGUAAAGUUGUGUUGAGUAGAAACAAAUUAUAAAUAAAGUUUUUGCACUGA